AUGUUGUUGUUCUUGUCAGUGCCGCAGCCCCGACCGCCGGGAGCUCGAACCCGAGCGGGGGCCGCCCGGGUGGGGCGGGGGCGGCGGCAGCGGCGGCCGGGGCUGCUCCGAGGGCUGCGGGGGGAACCGGGCCGGCGUCGAGGCCGAAUGGCUCUGUGCGGGCAGGCGGUGGGCGCCGCGUCGCUUCCCAGCGAGCUGAUCGUGCACAUCUUUUCCUUCCUGCCCGCGCCAGACCGGCUGCGGGCCUCGGCCUCCUGCUCGCACUGGCGGGAGUGCCUCUUCUACCCGGCGCUCUGGCCUCAGCUCCGCAUCAGCCUCCGCGUCUCUCCCGCCGAGCAGCCCCGGCUCGAGUUCCUCAUGCGUAAGUGCGGCUGGUUCGUGCGGGAGGUGCGCGUUGAGUUCACCGCCGAGAACUACACGAACGGCGGCGGCGCGGGCGGCGGCGCGAACAGCGGCGGCGCGGACGCCGGCACGGAAACCGGCGGCGACGAAGAAGGGGAGGCCUUGCAGCUCUCAUCCCGUUGGCUGGAAGUGCUGCGCACCUACUUGAAGCUGGUACUGUGCGUGCUGGUCAGCAUCCGGAACAACAGGAAUCUUCAAAAAUUUAGUCUUUUUGGAAACAUAAGCGUUCUUCAACAUCAAGGAACUUUGUCAAAUGCAUACCUCAGCAAGGUGGACCCUGAUGGCAAAAAAAUUAAACAAAUUCAGCAGCUGUUUGAAGAAAUACUGAGUAAUAGUAGGCAACUGAAGUGGCUUUCCUGUAGCUGUAUGCUGGACACAGUAACCCCGGCGUCGCUGUCAUCUCUCGCCACCUCGGUUGCCAGCAGCGUGGAGCACCUGAGUUUACUGGACAACAGCAUUCCUGGUAACAGCACUCUCGUUACUGCAGUUGAACUGGAGCGGUUUGUGAAUCUGCGCUCACUCGCCCUGGAUUUCUGUGACUUUACAGCUGAGAUGGCAAGAGUCUUAACCGAUAGCAACCACGUGCCUCUGCAGCGACUCUCUCUCCUGGUCCACAAUGUUUCCGUGAUGCAUAAGACUCUAGAGCACAUGCCAAAUGAUGAGCACUGGAAAGCCCUGUCACGAAAGAGCACCAGCUUUCGGGUCUACAUUAUGGCUUUUGAUAUCAGGAGUGAAGAUAUGUUAAAGAUUCUGAAACCCAGUAUACCACUAGAGAGGAUUCAUUUUGACAGCUAUAUCACAUGUGUUUCAGGGGCUAUUGUUGAUCUUAUAUCCAGGCAGUAUGACAAGUUCCUCACUCAUUUUACAUUAAUGAAUGAUGUGAUUGACACGUCUAAUUUUCCAGAUCUUAGUGACAACAGAAAUGAAGAUCCAUUAGUUUUAUUAGCAUGGAGGUGUACAAAACUUUCUCUUCUGGCAGUUCAUGGUUACACAGUGUGGGCACACAACCUCAUUGCCAUUGCUCGCCUUCGUGGCCCUGAUCUAAAAGUGCUUGAAGUCACUGAAGAAAGCAUUGAUUUUGACCAAGGCGAACUGGCCGACCAGGAUGUGGAUCCCGUGCAUAACCUUAUUGAGCAAGUAUCCCUGGGCUUGAAUCAACCCUGGCAUGCGGUGAUGGACAUUGAAUCACUCAGUGUCUUCACUGAACCGAAUCGUCAUUUUUACAGAGAGAUGCAAAGCUUUAGCAAAGACAUUUAGCGGUUGUUGUUUUUUAAUGUACAAUUCCUGUGAUUACAUAUGCAAGUAGGGUCCUAUUUUGUUUUUUCCAGUAGUGAAUUUACCCCUUUGUGCUGUGUUUAAUCAGUAUUAGCUUUAUAGAAUUAUAUAUGUAUAUUCUACUUCUUGAUCAAAGAAUUUAGUCGGGUAUUGGUUUAGAAGUUCAAAGUGACAACAUACAGGGUUUUCACGGUUAAUGGACUUGUUACCAAACCUUAAGGAUAUACAACCGAAGGUUGUCUGAGGUUGCUGGCUAACUUUAUUUUGCACUGAGUUUCUCUGCCUUGUUGAUGUUUUUACUAUUGGUGUGUCAGCGUUCAUAGCACACGAGCCAAAUUAUUUUUAUACAUAUAUAGAUAUUUACCCAUAGGCUGAUGGAUUUGUAUGCAGUGCAUUACAUUUAUGCAUUCUGAUAGCAUUUCAUUAAUUUUGAUUUGAAAUGUAUGAAGGGAAGAUACUUUGAUCCCAAAUAAGUUACCUUUAACAGAAAAUCCAAAUUUUUAACUUUCAUUACUCAUAUAAUAGUUAUAUCACCAAGUACCAUUCUCAAUUUUGUAUAGUACUAGGUUAGAAUAUUGCUUAAUUCUUUUUUUAAUGCAUUUACAUAAACACGAAAACCCAAACUGUUGGAUUUUUUAAAAAGCUAUAUCCAAAUUAAUUUUAUUCAUCAAGUAUAUUAUAUAUUCAAGUUAGUUAGCUUUUUAGUCCAGAUUUUAAAUAGGGAGGAAGAAAGAAACUGUAUUCCAGGGUAAAACCUCCAAAAAGGAAGUCAAACAGAAUCAUAAACACAUAACUUUCAGACAAACAUUAGUCGUGAAAUCCCUAGCAACAAGUCACUGGAUUUUCUCUGUCAGCGCGCGUGUCAGCUGCCAAAGAAUAGACUUAAAUGAAGAAGUGCCCACAUGCUGGCAGGGGCCGGCCCACUCUGGCCAGCUAGAUACUGCUAGAUUGUGAUAUUUAAGGUCGAUUUUCGACCUGUGGUACACAGCUGUGCUGUGGCUCAGUCAGCAACCUCAGAACUCUGAAAAAAUAAAAAAAUAAAAAAAUACCAUGCACCUGUUUCACUGUGAAUAGUGAAUGUAAAGGAAAGAAAGGAAGAACUGAAACUUGUUCUAUCACAGGUAUGAGCUGCUAUGACACAUGAAGAACAUUCCAUGAAGUAUGUUUUAAAACCUUGUUAUAUCUGAGAGGCUUUAAAAGCCGAUUUAACUGUUUCAGGGCAACCGCGGUACAGACGUGGUCUCUGUGAGACUUCCACCUGACCCCAGUUUUAAAUGGUACGAAUGUUGUGCAUUUAAUGUUAAAGGACAGUCUGCAAUAAUAAAGUAAGUAGCCAACGUGGGUGCCCAGCAGUGCUGAGACCUGGCUGCUCUAUUGUAAGCUUUGGAAACACAAUUUAUGCAACAGAUGUCCAGAUAUGAUUCUAUUUAUGGAAAAAGUUUAUAUGUUUUACAAAUGGUUUUACCAUCUUAUAUAAAAAUGACCUUUUGACAGGUGUGCACUGUUUUGUCUCCAGUGAGCACAUACCAUGCGGAUUUUAUAUGUACAUCAGUAGUGUGAAUCCACUGGCACAGUGUGUGUAAAUGCCAGAUGUGGUGAGAUUUUACCAUAAUGUGAGCAGAUAACUAACUCCUGACAGAAACUGUAAGGAAUCCAGCUGAAUGUUUGACCUGAUGACUGAUGUUGAAUGGUUUAUGUUAAAUGUAUAUUCUUUUAAUCAAUGAAUAAAGCAUUAAAAAGUGA